GAGUCGGAAAAGAAAAAAAGAAUUCCAGCCGCAAACGGCACCAUGCGCCUGUGGAUUAAUCACCGGGAAGUCGUUAGUAGUCUAACUGUAUUAAAUUAUGACAGCGCCUGACCACACAGGAGCUCCCACGCUAUGUUUUUACAUCGUCUGCACGAUUUUAAGGACAACCACCCCCGCUGUUCCCAGCCGUGAAGGACGCUGCUCAACUACACAGAUGGACUAAGAAAUCCCGGACUAAGAGUGGAGGUGUGAAUCUGAGUGGAACGUAUUUUUCCUGCACCCUGUCUGCGCCGCCUUUUUCGAUGAGGACAUACGCAGAAACAAGGAUUUUAAGAAAAGUUGAAUGAUGGCAUCACAUUGGAUUCCGUCUUGCGAAGAUGACGAGAAACAGCGAGCGAGAUCUUCUUUCUGUGAGAGUGACUCUACAGAGUGGAGGAGCUCGGACGAUUUCUCUGCAGCGCAAUACCCAGCGGAGGAGGAACCCUUCUCAUGGCCGAGGCCGAAAACCGUGUGUUUAUGUCGCACGUCCCAAGGGUUCGGCUUCACCCUGCGCCACUUCAUCGUGUACCCACCGGAGUCGACCAUGCACUGCUUCCUGGAGGAAGAUCGCGGCCACAGAGGGAGACCACGGAACAGGCUGGAACCGAUGGACACUAUCUUUGUGAAGCAAGUGAAGGAAGGUGGCCCUGCUCACGGAGCUGGGCUUUGCACAGGCGACAGAUUAGUUAAGGUGAACGGAGCAAGCAUCAUUGGGAAGGCAUACUGCGAGGUCAUAUCCCUGAUCCAAGACAGUGGUGACUUUCUUGAACUUUGUGUGAUGCCAAAAGAUGAGGAUAUACUUCAGCUGGCCUACUCCCAGGAUGCCUACCUCCGUGGCCACAGUAGCUACAGUGGAAAUGCCUGUCACAUUCCUGAGCCACCACAAGUAUGCUACCCCAGAGUAGACUGUAAGCCUACGGGCAUGGCCCAGGCGACGGACUCAGCAGGGCAGGUCUGCCGAGGGCCAGUGGUACCUCCUGACCAUGGGUACCGCAAGGAGAUCACCGUGCCACCAUCUCCUCCCCCUCAACCGUAUCCCAAGAGUCAAAUGGCUGUUUGUAUGCGUAAUGACAGCGUGAGGACUGUGGUAGUUCCUCCCAAUACAGCCCAAAUGGGACGAAUGGGUCCAUCAAACAGGAGAGAUUUCAUGGACCCUGUUUUUGUUAGGGGGAGGCCCGGGUCACUGGCUCAGUAUCCUCAUCCUAGAAAGGCGGAUGUCUAUCCCGGUGGUCCGGGAAUGAUUCCGUUUGGAGGUCCUGCACCACCUCACUACCCAGGAAACCAUCAAAACAUUGACUGGCGCACUUACCAAACAUAUAGGGAGUACAUUGACAACAAAGGAAUCCAUUCCCACGCUAGUCGGACUAUCCAGGAGAGACUGGACAGUUUGCGGGCUGCCGGUCACGCCAACUUUGGAGCUGCUCAUCACAUUCCCCGGGGAGACUGGGGCCCUAAAGGGAUUCGCAGAAGGAGUACCUCCCAUGAACGGUCAUAUCAAGGACCACCACCUCACUUUCAGAUCGCCCCACGUAGUGCCUCGCAGGACCGUAUGAGUGCAGAGAAGAUUAGCCAUGCAAGGAACUGGCCCCCCCGAAGCGUGUCCCAAGAUGGUCUAGUUUACAAAGCCCGGGCACGAUCCACAGACUACGUUGACCCUGCGGAGCUGGCUCAUCCCAGCGAGAGGAGGAGAGGGUAUGGAAGGGCAGACCAAGGUACGAGGCCCAGCAGACAGUCUAAUCCAAGACAUGCGAUGGUCUACAGACCUUCUGUUGGAUACACUGGCGGCAUGAGGGGGGAGCCAAACCCCUCCCUUUACUCUAAAGGACCAGAUUCUCUUCAGACCCGCUCCUCACCAAUGCUUUCUGACAGAGCCCCGCAUUUUGCAAAAAGUACAAGUAGUGAACAUUCAUUCGGUGACCAAAGAGUUUCAAUGAAAGUAAACCAUGCAGGCCAGACCACCCAACACAGCCAGAGCAGGAUGCGGGCUGAAACAAUGCAACCGUCAGAGGCAGGUAGAGAUACAGCACCAAUAGGAUACAGGUCGACUUCUACUCCGAAUGACAUGCUCCAGAGGCCUACCACCCUCAUGCCACCACCCCUGGAUUCCCAAAGUCAGGUGAAUGGGCGAAGCCCCGUUGAGUCUGGGGUGGUUCUAAGAGAGAAACCUCCUUCUGGGAAGAACCCCAGCCCCCUACGCCACCCCUCCUACAUCCUGGCUGUAAACGACGAUGGACCAGACUCUACGGCAGAUGUGGCGGCGUGCUGGCUUCCCAAUGAUGCGCGUCGAGAGAUACACAUACGUCGCCUUGGGGAACAACGUCACACCUCUUGCUCCAGCAACCUGGAUGAGUCCCUGGACUCCAUUCCAUUCAUCGAUGAGCCAGUCAGCCCCAGCGUUGACCGGGAAGCUGCCCCUAUUCCACCCUCUGCUGUGAUAUCUGUUCCACCAUCCAUCGCUACGGCACCCUCUAGUCAAGGCUCACCGUGUCCUCCCAUUCGGCGCCAGCUGUCACAUGACCAAGAGUCCCUUCGAAGCGCGUUGCUGGACUCUGACUCAGCCGGCAAAACAGAGCGGUCCAAGUCUUACGAUGAGGGUCUGGAUAACUAUCAGGAGGAGAGCAGAGGGAGAUCUUCCAGUAGGCAUAUGCCCAGUCUCAGGGGCCUGAGAAAGGCUCUGGAUGGGCAUAAAUCAUCGGGGGAUUCAGGAUCUCGAAGGGACUCCUCCUCAGACAUCUUCGCCAAUUCUUCCAAAGAAGGGUUGCUCAACUUGAGGCAACUAAGUACAGAUAAAAAUAAGCGUGUCGGCGGAGGAAUGAGAUGGAAGCAAAUGUAUGCUGUACUACAAGGUCACACUAUGACCCUCUACAAAGACAGAAAGGACGCGCUGUCUCAUGCUUCCAUGCAGGCAGAUGAGGAUCCACUGCGAAUAAGCAUCAAGGCGUGUCUGAUCGACAUCUCGUACAGCGACACAAGACGCAAAAAUGUGCUGCGAUUAACCACCUCAGACUGCGAGUAUUUGUUCCAGGCAGAAGGGAGGGACGAUAUGUUGACUUGGAUCAGAGUCAUUCAGGAAAACAGUAACGCAGAUGAAGAGAAUGGAGCUGUAACGAGCCAGGAUCUGAUCAGUCGAAAGAUCAAAGAAUACAACAUGAGUGCACCUAGCAGCAGGUCUGAGCCCUCUCCCAAGCCCUCCCGCCAGUCACUUAGCAUCAAGCAAGCCUUCCUGGGGGGCAAAGGAGAAGGCAAAAUGCACAGCCCCCACUCGCCCAGAACAGGAGAGGAGCGGAAGGCAAUGAAAGAUGACUCCAGUCCACCGCGGGAUAGAGGUGCUUGGAAAAUUGGCAUUGCAGGGAUCAUGAGGAAGCCCUUUGAGAAGAAGACUCCAGCUGGUGUUACUUUUGGUGUCCGGCUGGAUGAUUGUCCACCUGCACAGAGCAACAGGUUUGUUCCCCUCAUCGUGGAGGUGUGCUGUAAAGUGGUGGAGGAGCGAGGUCUGGAGUACACUGGAAUCUACAGGGUCCCUGGAAACAACGCAGCCAUCUCCAACAUGCAAGAGGAACUCAACAGUAAAGGCAUGACUGACAUCGACAUCCAGGAAGACAAAUGGAGGGACCUCAAUGUCAUCAGCAGUUUACUCAAGUCCUUUUUCCGAAAACUCCCAGAACCCCUGUUUACAAAUGAAAAGUAUGGCGAGUUUAUUGAAGCCAGCAGAACAGAAGACUCAGUGGAGAGAUUGAAGGAGCUCAAGAGGCUGGUCUAUGAAUUACCUGAUCAUCACUACGAAACACUCAAAUUCCUUUGUGCUCACCUCAAGAGGGUGUCUGACAACUGUGAAAAGAAUAAGAUGGAGCCUCGGAACUUGGCCAUCGUGUUCGGUCCUACUCUGGUCAGGACCUCCGAGGACAACAUGACCAACAUGGUCAACCACAUGCCGGACCAGUGCAAGAUAGUUGAGAAUCUUAUCCAGCAAUUUGACUGGUUCUUCACUGAAGACGGUGAUGAGGACCCAGUAACCACGUCUGAGCAGGAAAGCACAGUUCAGUCUCAGCCUGUGCCCAAUAUUGACCACCUGCUCUCCAACAUUGGACGGACAGCACCCUCACCAGGAGAAGUCUCAGACUCAGCAUGUAGUGACUCCUCCAAAUCAAAGCAGGGCUUGUGGGGGUCCGGGAAGGAUCAGUGUAGCAGAGAAAUGCUGCGCUCUUCCUUCUUUGCCAACCGCAAACGAAAGAAGCCCAAGGACAAAUCUCAUCCCAGCAGUUCAGAUGAUGACCUGGACCCUGUGUUCAUGAAGAAGGACCUCCCAGGGGACAGCCAGCAGCAACCUCUGUGGUCCCCGGACAGCCGGACCAAGAAGGACGGGCAGAUAGACGAAACACGUGAGAAGGAGAAGUUCAGCAACAGCUCAGAGGAACAGUUGGACAAAACCAGCAGCCCGAUGUCACAUCCCUCUCCCUCCCUUAAUCCUGAGCACGUCUCCUCCCCCCAUCAAAGCGGUUCUCCCUAUGCCUCGCCUUCCCACUCCCCAGACCUCAGCUACCGCAUGCCAGUGGCUCACCAGUCCUCUCUGUCAGAUCCACCGUCCAACUACGACGACACGGUGUCUGACCUCGGUACCAUGAACAGCACCAGCUCUCAGGCGUCGGUGCCCAGAAUGAGGCGUGGCAGGAUGGCAGCUCUGGGUACAGAGUCGUGUCCCAGCGGGCCGGGAGCGGAGGUUUGCUCUAUUACUUCAGACUACUCCACCACAUCCUCCAUGACUUUCCUGACCGGAGCGGAACUCAGCACCCUGAGUCCUGAGGUGCAGUCCGUGUCUGAGAGCAGAGGUGGAGAAGACGCAGACGACGAGAGAAGUGAGCUCAUCAGCGAAGGAAGGCCGAUGGAGACGGACAGCGAGAGCGACCUGUCUGUGUUCACCGUCGGGAAAGCUGAUCAACGAGAGCUGCAGGAAGCUCCUCGACCGCUCCCCUCUCACAGACUCAUCGAGUGCGACACGCUCUCCAGAAAGAAGGCGGCCCAGCAGAAAACCGACAGCGAGUCCUCUCUGGAAGGAGCUCGUAGCGACAAAGAUUCCAACAAACUGUCUCGUGUUAUGGGGUCAGUUAAAGGCCGCUCCUCCGCCAGCCUCAGCUCCUCGUCCCGGGGUGAGUUGGAUAAGUCUGAGCCUGCCUGGAAGUUGAAGAUCACAGACCGGCUGAAGGUACGCCUGCGAAUGUCUGUGGACGACAUGUUUGGUGUGGGCAGUCAGAGGUCCCCGGAGGGCCGCAGUAAGAAGAAGAACAUCAGGCGUAGACACACUAUGGGUGGACAGAGAGACUUUGCAGAGCUGUCUGUUCUGGGGGACUGGUCGCAGCAUGUUGACAUCGGUUCAGGGUCGCGGUCGGAGUUGUCAGCAGUGGACCGACUGAAACCGAAGUGCAGCUCUCAGGACUUCUCCAUUGGGGACUGGAUUGCCCGCGAGCGUCACCGUACCAGCAAUCCCGAGGUCAGCCUGGACCUCCCCGAACAGCAGGAGGCGCUGUGCGAACGCUCCCAGAACCUCGGCGCUUCAUCCUCCUCCGAACACCCACAUCGUCCAGUUGAGGAGAUGAACGGGGACGUCCCACAGAGUAAAAAUCUGAGCCUUUCAGCCACCGCCCACCCACAUAAACUCUCCAGCUCCCAGGUGGUCCAUUCACGCUUCUAUCAGUACCUGUGAGAGGUGUGUGUGUCUGUGUAUGUUCUCCGUUUGUGUGAUGUGUAUGUGGGAGUCCGUCAGUAUAGUUGUGUGACCAAUGUUAGUGAAUGAGCAUGUUGUACAAAAAAUGUCUGGAGAGUGUGUUGUUACCAGAUAUGCUUGUGUGAGAAGAGAAUAACUACACAUAGCGAUGGUUAAUCUUGCUCAUAUAAGGCAUGGAACAAAAUGUUGUUUAUAUAGUUUAUAGUUUCUUUUCUUUUUUUUUUUUUAUGACAAUUGACUUUGGGAGGACCCAGUAGGAGGAUUUCCUCCCUCCUGAUACAAAUCCACGUUAUGCUGAAGAUCGAAAGGACCUGUUGCUCAUGCAACAAUGAGUCUGUGAAGUAUGUUCAAGGAAACGCAAGAUUGUUUAAAAAUUAGCGAAGCGGCUUUAAGGAUGAACUGAAUAGGAAGUAGUCAAAAAGUAGAUUUUUAGUAUUGCAGAGGAACUAUUUUUGCGUAAAGAAGGUUAUGAUGUUUAAAGUCGGUGAGUCUGUUGGUAACCAAAUGAAGAAUGUACAGACAUGCUUGCUGUAAUACUGACUAAAAGCUUUAGAUGCUUGUGUUUCAUUCUAAAGUGUACAUAUCCCUAUUUUUCUGUGUACUUGAAUUGUGUUUUUGGUACCGCCUGUGUGUGACUGUCUACACGCUCUACUGUCAAAGGAGCCUUUCCAAAGGUACAAAAGUGACAAGAAAACACUGGACUUAUGCAAACAGUAAUAUAGUUCUUACUCAUCCCUGCUGUGUGUUUUAAAGAGCAGAGAACAACAUCCCUCUGAGGCAAAUGUUACGCUGUGUUUUAGUGUUCGUGGUUCACACAUCUGUCAGUGACUGGCAGUAGACUGCAAAGAGAAGAAAGUUGGAAGAAAAAUCAGAAAAUCAUGUUUCUUAACAACAGAAAGUGCCUCACAAUGAAAUGUUAAGGGUGCCAUAUUGUCUUUGUUGAGACACACGAAGAUGUUACUGUGAAUGACAUUUUUAUUGUCGACUCAGUCAUUCAACAGGUUAUAAAAAUGCCGAGCUUCCAUUCCAUAGGCAUUCCACUCUGGUCUUAAUAUGUUUUAUACAUUUGUUUUUUCUCUCCAAUUUUUCUUUUUUCUUUUUUUUUUUUUGAUUUUAACAGAACUUGAAUUUUAAAUCUCCAUUGUAAAAUAAGUAACUUAAAUGUACAUAAGUGCUGUGUUUUAGCUGCUUUUCUUUUCAUUUCCAUCAGAUUGCAGGAUUAAGUACAGUAUUGUGAAAUGAGGAUGAUGCUUGUGAGGCCUGUGUGGGUGUUGUGGACAGCUUGGUAACUUCCCUGUGGGGAGAAAUUCCCUGCGGGAGGAGGACACUUCAUUGAACUGGAUCCUUUGUCUCAAUGCAGUGUUCUUCUGAUUGGGAGGGGUGUGCACAAGACACCUGAAACACUGGAAAUAAAUUUUGUCAAUGGCAAA